UUCAAGGAAGUGUCUGGAAGACAACAAAAACUGCAGCUUGCGAACCACCGUUUAAGUGUUACAUGCCAGUAACAGAAACACCAUAAUGAUGACUAAACGGCAGCAUUUGAAACGCUUCCUCUAGAAACUCUGUGGUGUGGCGACUCAGCACCAAAAAAAGACCGAACAAGUUGAAUAUCACUCAGCCUUACAGAAGACAGUGACAUUUCCAAAUCACUCCAAUGUCUUCUGGCUGUCCACCCCAGUCACCUGCCGUGGCAAAGUCUGAAGUAGCAGUAGAGGGAGAAUGCCCGUUGCUGGCUGCCACCUUUGCCUACUGGGACAACAUCCUUGGUCCACGAGUGCGCCACAUCUGGGCACCAAAGGGUGACCAAUCUAUGUUCCUCAGUGAUGGAGAGGUCACCUUUUUGGCCAAUCACACACUUAAUGGGGAGAUUCUGCGUAGCGCUGAGUGUGGUGCCGUGGAUGUGAAGUUCUUUGUCCUGGCAGAAAAGGGCGUCAUUAUUGUGUCUCUCAUCUUUGAUGGCGAGCUGAAGGGAGACAAGAACACAUGUGCCUUGUCCAUCAUCCUACCUCAGACAGAGCUGGCCUUCUACCUGCCUCUGCACACCAUCUGUGUGGAGAGGCUGAAACAUGUAAUCCGCAAAGGGCGCAUUUGGAUGCAGAAGGGCUACAACAUCAUCUCAGUGUUGAGCUUGGAGAUUGUCCCUAUCAUGGAGCUCUUGGCGUCUAUGAAGACACACAGUGUGCCAGAAGAUAUAGAUAUAAAAGACACCGUUCUAAAUGAUGAUGACAUCGGGGACAGCUGCCACGAGGAUUUCCUCCACAAGGCCAUCAGCUCUCAUCUGCAGACUUGCGGCUGUUCAAUAGUAGUUGGAAGCAACCCAGAGAAAGUCAAUAAGAUUGUGCGGACUCUCUGCCUCUUCCUCACCUCUGCUGAGAGGAAGUGCUCUCGCCUCUGCAAGGCGGACUCUUCCUUCAAAUACGAUACCGGCCUGUUUGUUCAGGGUCUGCUCAAGGACUCCACAGGUAGCUUUGUCCUGCCCUUCCGCCAGGUGCUCUACUCACCGUACCCAACCACUCACAUCGACGUCGACAUUAACACGGUGAAGCAGAUGCCGCCGUGCCACGAGCACACAUACAACCAGCGGCGCUAUAUGCGGUCUGAGCUAAGCACGCUCUGGAAGACAGACAGCGAGGAGGACAUACCCCCAGACACAGUCAUUCACACUGAUGAAACCUUCACGCCUGACCUGAAUAUAUUUCAGGACGUCAUGCAUAAAGACACGUUGGUGAAGUCAUUUAUAGAUGAGGUGUUCAUGCUGAAGCCGGGCCUGUCCCUGCGGAGCACCUACCUGGCCCAGUUCCUGCUGCUGCUCCACAGGAAGGCCCUCACACUGCUCAAGUACAUCGAGGACGAAACGCAAAAAGGACAGAAGCCGUUUCGAUCCCUGCGCAAUUUAAAGUCGGAUCUGGAUCUGACGGUGGAGGGAGACCUGAACAUUGUGAUGGCCUUCGCCGAGAAGCUGAGGGCGGGACUCCACUCGUUUGUGUUUGGGAAGCCAUUCUACACCAGCAUGCAGGAGCGAGAUGUACUCAUGAGCUUUUGACUCUUAUUCUUCACCUGCACUUUAUUUAUGAGACGGUUAAUGAAAACAGAAGGUUUUGUGGUAUUGUUUUUGAUUUCUUUUAAUGUUACAUGAAAGCAUGCGAUUGUGUGUUCAUGACACAACCAUUAGUCUGAUUAUUUGUUUGUGCUUUGCUGAAAUGAAAAGAACAUUCUGCCUUCCUUUUGUGUCUUGACCUGUAAAAGGCAGGAUUUCAAAGACUGAUCGUUACUGCUGUUAUGAGCCAUUAGAGUUAAAGUUUUGAUAUAUUGCCUUGAUAAACUGUAAGCAUAAUGUGAGUUUAAUGUUUUUAGAAGACUUAAAUUAUUCUCUGCGGGAUGAAUUAUUCAUGUAUUCCAUGCCUUCUGUUAAUCGAGGGUCUGUAUUAAUUUAUGUUGUUAAAAUUGGCUGAGGUGCCCACCAGGACAUUUGCAAUUUAAUUUAAAUUAUAUUUAUGAAAACAUGAGUUAUUAGCGUCUUCACUGCCUGUGUUAUACAUCAACCUCAGUUGGCCCCCUCAACCUUCUGAACUCGUGGGUUGCCUUUUUAAAAAUAUUCAAUUAAUAGCCGUGAUGCUGAAUGUGAAUAGUGCAGAUCGGGUGACAUUACUAAAAGGUUGUGAGUAAUCACAAAGCAGGUGGAUUUCAUUAAAGAAAAUACAAAAGCACUGUAAAUUAAAUCUUCACAAUCACAAUCCCUCCUUUAUAUAGCAGACCGUGAGUGUCAUCAUUAAAUACCUUUACCCGGUCGCGUAUUAAAUGGAUUUGCACUGAUUUUUUUUUUUCCCCCACAGCAACAAUGCAGCUGUUUGCUGUUAGGAUUAUGAGGAAAUUUGCAUCUUAAAGGCAGUCUAUUUUGUUUAUUUGCUUUAAGCACUUCUUCCAAAAAUGCAAAUUAUUUUGACAUUGUAAUGUGUUGAGCUGAUAAUGUUGUGCCAUACAUUUUUACUGCAUUUACAAACAGUUUUGUAAAUGGAGCAUUUUUUCCACUUGGGGAUGUUUAUCAUAACAUGUUAAUGACACAUGCAGCAAAUGCCAGACACGUUGCCUACUUUCUUUUUACUUUAUUGACUGAUUUUCUUUGUUUUCAUAGUGAACUUUGUCUAAUUGUUCAGACGGAGCAAUGCAUAAUAAACUUUGCAGUAAUAAACCUCA